CGCUCACUCGACAUUGGCAGUGCAGCGCUCUGAACGUUUGAACGUAUACAGCUCGACGGGUGAUUGAGUUGUUUUAAUUGUGCUCAGUGGAGAGCGAGUACUGUUACAGCCAAAUGCACCCAACUGCCCUCGUGCAAUUUACUUUGGCCUACCACUUCAUAGGUCCCGCGGCCGCUGGAUAAGCGCGACUCAACAAUUUGAGAAAAAUCAAGCUAAAAACCGAAAACAGACACAGCAACCAUGGAGUGGUUGCUCGGUGGGCCCCAACUUCAAAACACCGGUUCCCAACUGGGAAUGCAAGUCGGGAACACAUACCGCGUUCAGGACACUUGUCUUGAGACGCUGGUGGAAUUGUUGGCAAAACUUUCGGCUGAGGAUCGCACGUUGCGGACCUUUCGGCGGGCCUUAGGAUUCUCACAGAUAAUUCAGAAGGACUUGGUGCCGCUACUUAUACACGAGAAAAACGAUGUCAGGAUCAUUGACGCCUGCAUCCGUCUGCUGGUCAACUUGACCAUUCCGGUCGAGUGUCUGCUGCCGAUGGAGAUAAUGGCUCGCACAGACGCCGGUCGACACACCAUCUACGAGCUCAACAACUUGCUCUUCUCAGCCAAGGACGCUUUUGUCGAACCCAGGUCCACAAGGAGCAUCCUCGACUUCAUGCGCAAAAUCAUAGACCAGGAGGAAAAGCUAAGCCUGGAGCAGUGCGACGGCAUCAACAACUGCCUGCUGCUGGUACGUAACAUUCUGCACAUCCCUGAGCAGUGGCCCAUGGGCUCCCCUACAAACACACCAUGCAGCAAACAGAACCUCAUUCUGUGGAACCUGUUCGCCCAGGGCAUCGACAAGGUCCUCAUUCACCUGAUGACCUGCACACAGAGGGGAAUGUGGAGCAUCACGAUGGUCCAGUUGAUUGCUCUCACUUACAAAGACCAACAUGUAGGCACGCUGCAAAAACUCUUGAAUCUCUGGUUCGAGGCAUCACUAAGUGAAAGCUCGGAAGACAACGAGAGCAACACUUCUCCUCCAGAUCAAGGAUCAGGUGACUCUUCCCCGAUGCUGACCUCAGAUCCAACGUCAGAUUCGUCUGACAACAGCUCUGCCAGCACCAACAAGAGCAACAAUAUGGAAGUCGGUUGCAACAACAAGCAGCAUUGCCAGAGGAUGCACACCGACCACAUCAAAAAUCCAAACAAAAUGGCCGCAGAACUAGCACGCAAGGCUCAACCCGCAGGCCCUGCAGGUUCAGGCGCAGCCAGAGGCAAGGGAGGUGGUAGCAAAACUCAGCACAAAAAGGAUCGUCAGCACGGAGGAGAAUCUGAGGCCCAAAAGCAAACGGCAGCGAACCAAAAUUCAGAGCAGUCGAGUGGCAGCCCCAGCAUUGCCAGCUCGAGCAGCAGCAGUGGCAUCGGCAGCAGACCAUCCACAUCCACCUCGGUCGCAAUUUCGCAGCCCUCUCCUGGUUCCAGCAAUUCGAGCGGGAGGCCUCCGUCGCCAGUGCCGUCCACUUCAUCGUCUGGUGCGUCUUCCGCCUCUUUGCAGCCAGCCACGCCGAACAACAACCAGACCAAGCCAGGAGUCCCAGGAGUAGCCACGAACCCGCACGUGAAGCGGAGUUGCAUCUCCUCGUCUGAAAUGUCUGACUGCGGAUACGGCACCCAAGUCGAAAACCAAGAGUCCGUUUCUACCUCCAGCAACGAAGACGAUCUGCCGCAAAACAGGGGAAUGAAACCGGUGCACCAGAAGCCGCAUAAUCCAAACAAAAUCAGGCAACAAAAGCCGCCAACGUCGCUAUCGAACAGCGAUAAGAAAGAGUGGCGGCGCAAGAAGCUGGUCAAGCGGUCGCGGACAAAUAUACUGAACGUCAAAGCUCUGAUGCAGCACACGCCGACUGACGAGGACAUCUCGCACCUACUAAAGGAGUUCACGGUCGACUUCCUGCUCAAGGGCUACGGCCCCUUGGUGCAGGAACUCCACCUCCAGUUGCUCUCCGAGCUGGGCAUGCCAGUGGACACAUCGCAUUUUUUCUGGCUCGUUACGUACUUCCUAAAAUUCGCUUCGCAGCUUGAACUCGAGCUUGAGAACAUAGGGCCUGUUCUCUCGUCUCGGGUAGUUUCGUACCUUACCUUCGAAGGCGUUAAUUUAAGUGAGCAGCUGCAGUUAGCCCUGAUGCAACAAGAAAUGGAUCUCAAACCCUGCCUGCGGAGGCUGCAUUUGGUUGUCACCGCGAUCCGGGAGUUCAUUCAGGCAGUGGAAACCUAUCGGAAGUCAAAUCACUUGAGUCCAGAAGACAAAGAGUUUCUUUCACAGCUGCAAACUGAGAUCAGUACAAUGGGAGAUUUGCGCAAUUUGUUUGUGCUCCUGCUGAGACAAUACAAUCCAAGCAUGCAGAGCAAACAGUACCUUCAGGACCUGAUUGCCACCAAUCACAUCCUGCUCCUCUUCUUAGAAAACUGCUGCUCGAAAGGCUCGAGCUUUAACAUGACCGAGCAUAUCAGACAAUUUUCCACACCUGAAAUGAUGCUUCAGUAUGGGAGACUACUGGAAAGUUUCCAUGAGAACGGCAAAUUUGUGAAUGACUGCGUAUUUACGAUGAUGCAUCACAUCUCUGGAGACAUGAAUCAAGUCGGCGCUCUCUUUCAACCGGGAAUACUGAAAACCUUCUCACUCAUCUGGGAGCAGGACUUUGAAGUUUGCGAUGACUGGUCAGACUUGAUCGAGUAUGUGAUCCACAAGUUUGUGAACACUCCGCGCAGGGGUCACCCCAUGUUGCCACUCAGCAGCGUCGGUCCAGAGCUAAAAGUCGAGGAAGUCCCUCCUGAUCUACCUCAACCGCCAACGCUGGAACAAAAUUUGAGCAGAUGGACUAAGGAGGAAUGUGAUAUUCUGUACUGGUACUACGUGCAAAGCGCUCAGAGUGACGACCCAGUUGAUAACAUUCGCAACAUGUUUGUUGAGAAUGGUUCUUCAAGCAAAACCCGGGUCGCGAUAAUUGAGCAGCUUUACACGCAAGAUAUCAUACCGCAUGCCCAGUACCUCGACCUCCUGAAGCAGGAAGCAGUCGUAAGACUUAAAGGACUGCAAGGUCAGGUGAAUGAGAGCAUGGACGUGGUGGAAAUCUCCGGGUCCAGUACGCCCUCCGUCGUGCAGGUCAGCUCCUGCAACCUAGAAUCACAGGAAAAGCAGCAACAGAGCUCAGACAACAUUGUCAGCCUCAUCGCUCUGCUCACCGCAGAGAGUCACGCAUCGCAGAUCGUGUGGCUGCAGUCGGUUUUGCUGGAAAUGUGUUACGUGAAGCUGCACUACAAGACCCUGCACUCGACGCUGCACAGCUUCACCAUGGAGCCCGUUCCCUACCACUACUCGCUAAUGCGCCAGAGUGUGCCGCUGGUGCCGUGGAAUCUGGAACAGAGCACCGUGCUGGCGUAUCCACCCUUUGUGCUUUUGCUGCACAAGCUGGGCUUCCACCUACCCGGCGACGUUGGCAAGGUGUUUCCAAGGAUACCACACUUCUGGACGGCCGAAGUGCUCUACGCCACGGCCCUCAAACUCGGAGCCAUCAACACUUGUGCGUUGAAGUUCGACCCGCAGGAGUUGAACUCAAGCACAUGCAGUGCUUCGCAGCUGAUGUCGAUCAACGAAGCCGAGGAGACCAGUUUGCCAGGACCAUCGAUGAGCACUGGCAUUCACACUUUGCCAGCAACCUCAGCAGUUCCGUUCGCACCAAUGCCCGAGGGAAACGCUAAUUGGAUGCAACUUGUUACGAAGGCAAAGAGGGCGAGUAGGGAGCAAUCGCCGUCGCAGGACCUGGACUCGAGCCUCAGCAAAAUGUCCAUCUCAGACGACGACACCAACACGUCUGCCAGCGACGAGAACCGUAACAGAAAGUCACCAACAGAUUCGGAAAAUCAGUCUAACAUUUAAACCACAAGCAAACUUCACACACUAGACGUCAACAUGUGCGGGCACAUUCGACAUAUAUUUUUAUUUAAUUUUUUUAUCUAUCUCUAUCGUCUUUUUAUGGGUAUUGUUACCUCCAAUCUUGUCAGAUGUUUCCGUGUAUCUUAUGGUCUUUGGAACACACUCAACAGUCUUUUAAAACAGUCAUUUUUUGAUAGCUUUAUUCCUACACAACACGAUUUUGCAACAGGCAUACGCUCUUUCUAAAAUAGUAUUAGAGUACUUUUAGGGAGUUGCGUCGCAUGAAGUUUAUAUUAUUCUACUGUAAUUGUUUCGUGGAUUUGUUCAAGUGUUUCGCUUUUGAUAAGUAGUAAAAAGUUAACCCAAUUUAGGUUGAUUUUCCUAUUUGUGGUCCACGCAAUCGAGAGUUUGGUGAUGUGUUCUUUUUCUUGAAUUAAAUAAGCUUUAUUAAAUUAUAUUUUGGCGCGUUUGUUAACGUAAUUUUAGAUUGUGCCUACACACCGUGCGAGGUCUAAUUUUAAAACUAGAUGUGUAAGAUGGAAAUCUAAAAUCGAUUAUUCAAAAUAUUUUCCGAAUGACGUUUUGAGAAUUACCGAGAACAGGCGUGGAAAUUGUCAUUUUUGAUGAUUUUCCAUGAUUCAUCAGAUGUACAUAUAUAAUUCGUACGUUUCCAGGUCCUUUAAUGUUAUUUCAAAAAUUUAACUAAAGGAAACGAAAAUCAGGUUGUUGUAAAGAGAAGCAAGACAAGCAUUACAUGAAAUAUAUACACUCUGCGAUGUUAAAUUAAAUUUAUAAAAAUAUCCCCUUUGGUGGAACGUGUAAUUCCAUAUAAAAAAAUAAAGGAAUAGCUGUGAACUAAAAAAUGA